UUUAUCUGCGCUAUAAAGCACUCAGGGCUGCCAGCGUCAUUUUACCAACGGCAGGGGUUGUUUUUGAGAGCGAGAGACGGCGUACCAUCUGUGUUUGAAUCACAGUAAAGGAUAGCUGUAUCUAUCGGAAGUGAGAGCAGAUCAGUGGGUAACGAUUUAGGUUCAGCUGUCUGUUUUUCCGUUUCAACAGAUCAAGGUUAGCUCCUUAUUUUUUUUACCCAGUCACCAUGACGAAGGAAGAGGCAGCAGCAGAGGAGGUUAAGACAGAGACCAAGACAGAGACAUCAACAGACACACCAGCCAAAGAAGGUGCUACAAACGACGCCUCGACCACUAAACCGGCAGAGGGUGGUGAAACAGCGGGGUCAAGCGAUGGAGGUGGCAGUGGGGGCGAGGGAGGAGAAGCGCCCAAGGAUUCUGAGAAGAAGGAGGCAGACUUCAAUAAGUCAUCCAAGAAGAGGAGAUGGUUUUGGUCCAAGAAGGGCGAGCAGGGUGGACCAGAAGCAGCAAGUGGGACAACGGGAGAGGGCCAAAAUAGUGGUACUGAAGGAGACAAAGAAACACCCGCCGAGAAGGAGAUGAGCGACUCCGAGAUGGAGGCCGAGAUGCAGAGACGAGUCAAGGAACUCGAAGCCGAGAAAGAGAAACUUGCGGCACGGAUCGACCUCUACAACAAAUACGACUCACUGGAAAUGGACAUAUCGGACAUGACACAGGAACUGGAACGAAUCAUCAACAAACACAAGGGCAAACAACCCAAGUCAGACUCAGAAGGCAAUGGACACCCCAAACCAACCGCACAGUAACUGGAUCGUGGUCACAUCUCACCAAUUCAAUGAAAAAACUGAACAUUUUGUCAUCUGUACUAAGUACAAAAAAAAGAAGCAAUGUGUAAAUUUGAAAAUCUUGUAGAAAAUCCACCUUCAUGGCAAUGUAUUUUUUAGGAAGAAAGGAGCAAGCCAGGUACUGUGUGAAACACACAUGUACCGACUCAUAUUAAUCAGAAUGCUUUUUUUUGUAAAACUUGGGCUGAAAGUAUCUUAUUGGUUCAUGCAUGGGUGUAAAGCAGUGGGACGAGGAGGCAGAAGUGACGUGAUUUUUGAACCGGAAGUGAAGGGUCACCAAGAAAGCGAACGAUAAUAUGAUCGACACUGAAGCGGGAUGUCGUCGCAUUGAAAAUAUCCGCCUCUAUAAGUUUGUUAUUAAUCUUAUUCUGUAAAUCUCGUGGGAUUAUAUACAUACGUAUUGAGGGUCUCGGGACAUCCUCUGUUGUACCCUUAAUGUUGUUUAACUCAUUUUGUUAUAAAUUCAUGAUGAAACAACUCGAAAACCGAAUUCACAACCAAGUGUAACAAAAUCAUUGUCCGUAGAUCUAUACAGCCAGAUCCAUUGACAUAAUAUUUUGGCGGAUCCAGACAACCUAAUUAUUUCACAAAAUUCCUAAUUAUUAUACACCCUUUUUAGUUUUGCUAUCCCUCCAAUCUUAUCCUGGAUCCGCCCCCUCCAAGUACCCAUCCAGAUCGGGUGAAAAUGUGAAAUUCAUAUUGGCCCCAUGGGGAAAUUCAAUAUUGUAAUAGUAGACCAAUGUGAGGUAAUCUUUAUAAAUAAACAAUACAGCAAUAUAAAUAGCACUGUAAAUAGCUUUAAAUGCUGACAUUAUUUGGGUCAUCUUUUUAAAUAGAAGUUUCAAGAAAAAAAGGAAAGGAAACCCUUAGCCCUACCACUCAACGAACGGAUAACAACCUUAAAAGAGUCACCUUUAUGGUUAAAUAGCAAGUUGGUGAGUCUAUUCUUGCAAGGGGUGUCGGGGAAGGGUUUAACUUAAUACAGCUAUCAAUAUAAUUCCCUACGAAGAAUCUUAAUGAUUGUCUCCCCCAUGUAAAUAAUGCGUAGGUCUGAUCAUGUUUAUUUAUAACUUUAUUAUCCGUUUCUUGCCUUAACUUCAUUUCAAAAAAUCACAAUGCUGAGUGAAAUGCUGCGUUACAAUUGUGACAACCAAAUUGAAAAUUAAGAAAUAAUUGUUCUUUGAAAUUCCUCGACAAAGAACGCCUUUGUACACUAGGGAUGUGCGCCUAUGUAUUUCAUUAUUAAGACCUCAUAAUGCCAAUAGGAGCUUCUGAUUCUCAUGUAGUAUUUGUAUAUCUCUGAUUAAUACUUGCAAAAGAAAGAGUAAAUUACUUUUACUGUAACUACCAAGAUCAUGCACAGUCUUGUUUAAUUUCUGUUCACCCUCACUAAAGCUUACUACCAAUCCCAAGAUAUAAAAUAAGGUGUUCAAUAAAAUUAUAAGUAUUCAUUUA